AGUGAAUUUGCUUAUGAUGAUGAUGAGGACAAAAAAAUGGAAACAGUGGAGUUCCUGCUGAAACUGACUGUUGCAGCAGCAGAGUGUGAUGCAGCUACAGGAGAGAGUUUCACUAAGCUGCUGACAUCUGUGUGCAGCUACACAACCUUCCCUUUAGAUGGAGAUGAUGAAAAUUACAGUUCUGAAGUUCAGUGUGAUUUCCUGCUGGAUCUGUUCUCACAAGUGAAGGACUAUGAGACUCGAACAGGCAGGAGUGUCCUUCCAGCAUUACAGCCAGUUUACCAGUCAGCUCCUGCAGUCUGGAAAAUAGACCUCUUAGAGAGAAAGACCUCCCUCCUCCUAGAAGUGCUGAAACUCCAAAAGGUGAUGAAACCAGUAGAGCUGAGAGGCUGGUCAGAUGAAGAGAGUGAAGUGAGGAGUUUCCUUCAGUGUCUGCCCUACAUCUCCCAGCUGAGGUUUGGUGAAUUUUUUUAUGAUGAUGAGGACAAAAAAAUGGAAGCAGUGGAGUUCUUGCUGAAGCUGACUGUUGCAGCAGCAGAGUUUGAUGCAGCUACAGGAGAGAGUUUCACUAAGCUGCUGACAUCUGUGUGCAGCUACACAACCUUCCCUUUUAGAGAUGAUGAUGAUGAUGAUGAUGAUUGUAUUGAACAAAAGUGCUUUACUGACUUCCUGCUGGAUUUGUACUCACACGUGAAGGACUCUGAGACUCAAACAGGCAGGAGUGUCCUUCCAGCAUUACAGCCAGUUUACCAGUCAGCUCCUGCAGUCUGGAAAAUAGACCUCUUAGAGAGAAAGACCUCCCUCUUCCUAGAAGUGCUGAAACUCCAAACAGGGAAGAAACCAGUAGAGCUGAGAGGCUGGUCAGAUGAAGAGAGUGAAGUGAGGAGUUUCCUUCAGUGUCUGCCCUACAUCUCCCAGCUGAGGUUUGAGCAUCCUUUUUAUUAUAAUUUACACAAGAGAAGAUCUGGAUUAGAGUUUCUGCUGAAGCUGACUGUUGCAGCAGCAGAGUGUGAUGCAGCUACAGGGGAGAGUUUCACUAAGCUGCUGACAUCAGUGUGCAGCUACACAACCUUCCCUUUAGAUGGACAUGAUGAGAAUGACAGUUCUAAAAAUCAGUGUGAUUUCCUGCUGGAUCUGUUCUCACAAGUGAAGGACUAUGAGACUCAAACAGGCAGGAGUGUCCUUCCAGCAUUACAGCCAGUUUACCAGUCAGCUCCUGCAGUCUGGUACAUAGACCUCUCAGAGAGAAAGACCUCCCUCUUCCUAGAAGUGCUGAAACUCCAAACAGGGAAGAAACCAGUAGAGUUGAGAGGCUGGUCAGAUGAAGAGAGUGAAGUGAGGAGUUUCCUUCAGUGUCUGCCCUACAUCUCCCAGCUGAGUUUCAGUGGUGCUGAGCAGUGUGUCCCGUCUCUGUGUAAAGAGCUCUGGUCCAGAGAGCAGACACAGCAGGUGUCUCCUCUGCUCCAAGCCCUGGGCUUCACCCUCUCUCUGGGAGGAGAGUUACCCACUUCCAGCUGCAGAGCUGUGGGGAGAGUGAUGGGGCUGUCAGCAUCCACACUCAACCUCACUCUAAACCCACGAGCCAUCUCUCUCAGAGGAGCCCGGCUUCUCUUCACACACAUCACACACCUGCAGACACUCAGGCUGAGUGGUGGUGUGGUGGUGAGAAUGGUACGAGCUCUGGGGGCAGUGAGAUCUCCUGCUACAGUGACUGUUGAGGAGCUUUCACUCAUCCUGAGCAGCACACAGCAGACAGAGGGGGCGCUGUCCAGGGUCCUGAGCAGCUUGGCUUCUCUCCUGAGACUCUGGCAUGUCCAGUGCCUGAACCUGACUGAGUACAAGAUGGAGGCCCAGUCUCUCACUGUCCUACUGUGUCACCAGGGCCCUCUGACCAUCAGGUUGAGUAAAGAGACUCUCCAGCAUCUGGUUGUAGUGGUGUAUGAAGCUCAUGAGGAGGACCUUACUCGCUGCUUCCUGCAGAAAGUGGGCGGAGAACUGACUUCCUGCACUCUGAACUGGGAAGUGAUUCACUAUUUCCUGCAGUAUCAAACUGUUACUGUGGACUUUAGGAAGAGCAGCAUUAAGCAGCAAAACCCCAGAGACCUUCUGCCUGUACUGGCCAGACUUCAGAUCAGAAGACUGAGCUCCAGCUUUGUACUGUCCAUCAUCAGAGAGAUCUAUCAGACUGGCUCUGCUCAUUGUGUGUCCAGCUUGUUGAGUUCAGCAAAGAACUGCAUCAACCUGAACAGCAGAGAGCUGGACUCUGUCCACUGUGCUGCCCUGCGCUUCACCCUCCAGCACUGCACAGCAGUCUCUCUCAGCCUGCUGUUCACCUCCAUACCAGAGGGGGAGCUAGGGAGCAUUUUACCUCUGUUCAAACACGUCUCCAGGCUCAGUGUUGACAGGCUGCUGUUGCUGAGGCUGCUCCACUGCUGCAGUGUCUCUGAACUCCAGCAGGGGGCAGCAGCAGCAGAUCUGCUCUCUGCUCUGCAGCACAGACUGGACUUCUCCUGCAGCUCUGCUAUGGACCUGACAGCAGACACACAGACACACACACUGACUCUGAGCACUGAGGACUGCAGAGUUGUCUCCAUGGUCAUCCAGAGAGCUCACACGCACACACAGCUCACUCUACACGACUGUGAGAUAGAGGAACCUGGAGUGGAGCAACUCUUCCCUAUUUUACAUACAGUCACGCUGCACUGCAGUAAAGCCACGCUGCUCCAGUUUCUGUCACUUGUCCGUGUGGGGACUGAGUUGGAGUGUGUGAGACGCGCUGUGGCUCUCUCCCGGGCCCUGGGUGAGAUGGUGGACCUCAGUCAGACCCGGCUGGACCAGCAGACCUGUAGGUCACUGGCGCUGUUUCUGGAACAUUCUGAAGGGCUGUCAGAACUGGACCUCAGCCACUGUCAGCUCACUGACCACUGCCUGCAGAUGCUGUUCCCACACCUGCACAAAGCCCACAUCCUGGACCUCAGUCACAAUGACAUCACUGACGUGUCAGCAAAGAGGAUCUAUGAUACUGUCUCCACCAACAACAAUAUUCACACUGUGAGACUCUUCAACAACAGAAUUACAGACAGACAGCUCUUCAUCUCGGACAAGCGCUUUGAAAUCUGGUGAUGUUAAUGUACUUUUAAUAGGUUGUCAUGAGUGUGUAAAAUAUAGUUUUGUUGUUAAUGGAAAAAUAUAUCAUGAAGUUGACCGCAAAUAGUUUCAGGUAUAUCAGUACUGUAAGUCCCUAUGAACAGUUCAAGUUCAAGUUCAAGUAAGUCCCUAUGAACAGGGCUCAGUUCCUAGUCAGGGAACAUUCUACUCUGGGAUAAAUGAAGUGUAUUCUUCUGUGUUCUUAAGUCAUAUACAGUAUUUACUGAUCAUAGAGCUGAAACCAGAACUCAUCACUUAAAUUUCCAUUUAUGGCAUUUAGCUGAUGCUUUUAUCCAAAGCAACUUACAAUUAUGACAGAGUACAACUUGAUCAAUUACCAGAAAUGUUCUUACCAGAAAUAAUGAGUAAAUGUAUGUGGUCUGUGAUCCUCUACUGUUUCCAGUAUGAAUCAGGCCUCCUGAUAAUGAUGAAAUUGUCUCAUUAUCAACAUUCACUUCUCAGUGCCACGUAACACCCAUCCCUACUGUCAUUAUGGAAUAUUAAUUUAUCUGUAUGUUUACUGCUGGAACAUCCCUCUUGUUAGAAUUUCCUACACUGUGACUCCCUUUUCUGUAAACAGUCUAUCCUUAUAGACUUGUAGUGAUAAACUGUAUCGUUUUUGAUACUGCCUAUUCUAUCAUGUCUGAAUAUGUCGCACUUGCUAUAUAAUUUACAUAUUUCCACUAACUCAUCUGCUUUGCCAUCUGUAUAUACUCAUGUUUUUCUGAAUAAAGCAUCUGUGCAAAUCCAAAA